AUGAUCAAGUUACUGUUUAGAAUAAAUUAAAUAAAUAAAAUGAAAAUAUUAUUAAAAAAUGUAACUUUCUUACUAUAUUUUAGAAGAUCUAUAAAAGUUCUAAACUUUAUAGCCAGACUAAUUUGUUUUAUUUAUAGUACAACCAAAAGUAGGUGUAUGGCUUAUUUCUUCUUCAUCAUGAAUAGAUGGUGUCUAUUGUAUCUAAAUUUUUUACUUCAUAUUUUGCUUGUUUUCUUUUUGCUAAGAAUCAGCUAGAAAAUCUAGUUUACCAAAAGUGUUUUAUCUAGUUAGUUUAUUUUUAAGUGCAUUAGAACGAGUGUUAGGAGUUGGCUAAUAUUAAAUUUUUUUGGCUUUUUCGGUUUUUUAAGUGCUUUUUUCCUUAUUUCCUACUUUAGCUUUUGCAGAAUUUUUUGUUGGCUUCAAUGCUCCGUUUAUUUUACUAUUUUUAACAUUUCCUCCAUUUUUAACUUUCUUUGGAGAUUUACUAGUUAAUUUCUUUUCUUUUGA